CUGCUUUGUCUCUCUGGAGUCUUCUGUAUGUUUUUCGACGGGCCUUGAGCGCGCUCGCAAUUCCCUCCUCAACCCCGCCUCUCUAACGGAUUCCUGCGUCCCCCCCACUCCCAUGGUUCCCUUCAAUCUCUCCUUCGUUCGCCACUUUAACGCACCGUGCCUCGUUUUAAAGCCAUUACUCGGCCAUUUUCGUGGACCCUUGCGUAGUCUCAUAGGCGGAGCGUUUUUUUUGUUUUUUUUUGUUUUGGACAUGCGAUGUCGUUUGCCGUGGUAAAGAGACUGCAUGUUGGUAGUGUUCGGUAGAACGAGGGAUAGGGAGAGAGAUAGAGAUAGAGAGAGCGAGAGAGUGCGGCAUUGGUGAGCCUGACGCUGUGGACGAGCAGGCGUUGUGGAACUUGAACGAAUCUUCACCUGAGAGGCGCUCUUACAAUUUUUUUGCGUGAGCCAUCUCCACAGAUGGGCAGGCAUAGAGAGGACUUUCUAGGGACGAUCGAGAAUGGAUUGUACUGGGAAGCGCCGGUGUUGAAUCAAUGCCGUGACCACAAUAACGGUAUUGGUAACGGGUGUGUGCAUUACGUUAGUAGCUUCAAAUCCAGAAGUAUGUUCAAUGGCAGGACGAGUAAUUUGGAGAGAACGAGUACAGCGUCGGCGGGGAAGAGUGGGAAGUGGCCCAGCGCUUACCGGAUACUUAUUGCUGUUCUGGUGGUUUUAUUCCUGAUUGGCACUGUCACUCAUGGAUUCGUCUUCCUUCUGUUUGGCUAUACCGACUUGCAAGUGGAUUCCCCGAAGAUUUUUCCAACGGUUUUUGCAUCGGAACAGGAAACACCGAACGACGACGUGAAAUUUGUGCCGCGCAACAUAGUGGAGAGAUUGUUGUUAUCAAAAGGAAAAGUCACCGUCGCUGAUUUGAGGAAAGAAAAAAGAUUUCCUGUGCGACCUCCGCGGCUUGCCUUGGUUUGUCCCAACCUUGUCCGGAAUCCGCUCUCUUUGUAUGUCCUUACUCUUGCAACAGGAUUGCAAGAACUGGGCUACGACUUAGAGGUGCACACUCUGAGAGAUGGAGAGCUCCGCCCAGCUUGGGAGGCCUUGGGUGUGCCAGUCAGGCAACUGAGAAUUAACGUUCAGAACGUAACUAGUGUUGACUGGCUGAACUAUGAAGGUGUUAUUUCUUUUUCUGUCAACACGAAAGCUGUCAUAAAUAGUCUUGCGCAGGAGCCCUUCAGAAAUAUCCCAGUUGUAUGGGUAAUAAACGAGGAUUCCCUAGGCCGACGGCUCGAGGAUUACGGUUCCGCGGCUGCAGAGGGACUCAUCUCCGACUGGAGACAUAGUUUUAAAAGAGCAGAUGUAGUGGUUUUUCAAGACUAUGCACUAACGAUGGUUUACACCAUGCUGGACACUGGAAAUUUCUUCGUCAUUCCAGGAUCACCUCUAGAAGUGUGGACUGCUGAGAACUACAAAAUCACACAUUCUCGAGACAGCCUACGUGCACAGUAUGGGGUGCAUCAUGAUAGCUCCGUAAUAACUGUUGUGGGGAGCCCUUUCCUUUACCAUGGAUUGUGGAGAGAACAUGCUCUAGUCAUGCGUUCGUUAGCAAGAUCUGUGUCAACAUUCGGUGACGCAUCUACAAAAGGUGAUAGGCUUAUCCAGCUAUUUAUCAUUGGCCAUGGCAACCAAUCAAGCAGCUAUGGUGCUUCCUUGCAGAUUAUGGCAGAGCAUCUUGGGUUGAAGAAUGGCACAGUACGUUAUGUAGGUGCUGGUGAGGAUGUAACGGGCGUGGUGUGGAUGUCGGAUGCCGUUGUGUAUGGAUCAUUCCGUAAUGAACAGUCGUUUCCAUCGAUAUUGAGUCUGGCCAUGAGCCUUCAGCGGCCGGUGAUCAUACCCAACCGAAGAGUAUUUCGAGAGCAAAUUGUGGAUGGAGAAAAUGGCAUCUUGUUUCCUGUGGGGGAUGACGUGAAACUGAGUGAAGCUAUGGUACGUGUAUUAAGAAACAAAGCAGAAGCAGGUGCAUUGGCAUUGAGUGGGCAAAUGAAGGCUCAAAACAUGUGUGCUUUAAAUGUGAGUCUGAGUUACGGGGAGCUUCUGGAGAGCGUUUUGGAGUUUCCUGUCGAGGCAGAGCUACCGCGUCGACUGGAUGAAUCUGAGAAGAGUUUAAAAGAAGGAUGGCGUUGGGACUUAUUCUUCCCAGCUAAUGCUCCUCUCUGGGAGUACUUCCAGUCCCGGAUGCAGGGACCAAUGGUUGCAAAUGACGAUAUUGGUGGUAGUAUCAUCGAGGUUUUGGAGGAGCAGUGGAAUGUACAUAGUGGUGUAGUUCAGAAUUUUAGCGACAGCAUGGGAUUUGAUAGUUUGACCGAGGAUAACAAUAUUGCCAACGACUUUGUCACUGAUUUUGAUCUACACGAAGCCAAGGCAAUAGAAAAUGAGCUUGAAGCAGAACGAAUUGAACGAGAAGAGUUGCUUGAAAGGAAGAUUCUAUUGCAAUCUACUUGGGAGGAUAUCAGCAAAAUGGUGAAAAAAACUGAGGUUCACAAGGAUGAUUUGAAAGAAAGAUCCGAUGCAGAAAUCCAGCGCUCUGGACAACCUUUAUGUAUAUAUGAGCCAUAUCAUGGUACAGGUGCAUGGCCGUUCCUUCACGACGAGAACACUCUUUAUCGAGCCAUAAGUCUUUCCACACAUGCAAGGCGUCCGACAGAUGAUGAUGUUGAUGCCCAGGAACGGUUGCCUGGACUCUUGAACGACUCAUAUUAUCGCAAUGUUUUGUGCGAAUUUGGAACAUUUUUUGCGAUCGCCAACCGCAUUGACGUUGUCCACAAAAAUCCGUGGAUUGGCUUUCAGCCGUGGCGGGCAUCAAGCAGAAAUGUUGCAUUGACAGCCGCGGCUGAAGCUGCUCUGAUUGAAGCAGUGAGCACCGGGAGAGAUGGUGAUGCCGUCUACUUCUGGGCUCGAACUGAUGGCAAUGCUGGUACAUCAGGGGAGGGUUCUUUUGUAGAGCCAGCAGUUAAUUUCUGGACUUAUUGUGACUCUGUCAAUUCUGGGCAAUGCAGAGAGGCUUUUACUAUGUCGAUGAGGCGCAUGUAUGGCCUGCCUGAUAAUUGGACAUCUUUGCCGCCGAUGCCAGAUGAUGGUGGCACCUGGUCUGCCUUGCAUUCCUGGGCAAUGCCGACAUCAUCUUUUGUGGAGUUCAUCCUGUUUUCGAGGAUAUUUGUGGAUGCACUGGAUGCUCAGUAUUACGAAGAACAUCACUAUCUUGGAAAGUGUCGCUUUGCUAGUUUCCAGCGUGAGGGUCAGCAUUGCUACUGCCGGCUACUGGAAGGACUGGUCAACGUAUGGGCAUAUCACAGUGCCAGGAGUAUGAUUUAUGUGAACCCCAAAACAGGGGAGAUGGAAGAGCAGCAUGCGCUAGAAUCACGUCUUGGCAAUAUGUGGGUCAAAUUUUUCAGCUUGAGUACCCUCAAGACCAUGGACGAGGACCUUGCAGAGGCAGCUGAUGAUGGUGACCAUCCCAGGGCACGGUGGUUGUGGCCACAAACUGGUGAAGUAUUCUGGCAAGGAAUUUUUGAGCGUGAAAAAGAAGAGCGAUUGAGAUUAAAGCUGGAAAAAAAGAAAAAACUCAAGGAAAAGUUGGCUCGGAUGAGGAAUAAGACGUACAGGCAAAAAUCUCUGGGAAGAUACAUCAAACCUCCCCCGGGACUAGGAUACCUAUCUCCUUCCGGAUGAACUAGGCCAAAGUUGUCGUGGCAUCCAAAAUGAAGUCAGCAUCACCACUUUCUGGACAAAAUUACUGUCCUUGAGACUCACCAAUAUUUGCCGAGGAAGAAUCGAAAGCUGGAGAUUACAAUCCAGGUACUGGGCUCCAUCAAGUUUUAACAGAUUGUAACAACAGUCUACAUCCAAACAGUAACUGCGAAUGGUUGAUUGCUGUCUCUCGCUCGGCAGCUUGCAUGAAGUCGAUAUCCUUCCUUAGGGAGCUGCAGCUACUGGGAUCUUGGUGAUAAACACAAGAUUUCGGAAGAGCACAAAUUCAAGUUUGAGGUCCUGAAACUUAAUGAAUCAGGAUGUUCUGAGACAUGUUCUCCUGGCGACAUUCCUUCGGGAGAGUGGUUCCAAGAUCUGAAUAGUUGAUUAAUUUUACCUCGUGCGUGUUCUAUUGCAUCAUAUACCCAAAGUGCAGACUAAGAACUGACAGAAUUGAAAGAUGAAAACUCAGGUGGCAUUGCGGGCUUGUCUGAGAAACCAAACCAGAAAAGUUUUUCUAAAAUUUUCCCAUCGAAAGGGUGAGCGCUUGAAGGAAUGCUCCAUAAUGAUGUGGACUACAAAGGUACACAUUCUGCUCAGAAUCACAUUCCAAAUGGGGAGAUUUAACUAGAAAUUGUUCUGAUUGGACAUUGUACUGCUAGUUCUGAGGGUCGAUUUGAGCUUCUUCUGUAAGAAAAAAAAAGGAUUUUAACUGAAACUAGGAGGUUGUAAAUACAGGUCACUCUAUUUUGAGCUUGUUCCUUGCAAGCAUUCUUUUAAUCCGACUUUUCCGUUUUGGAAUCGUUGAGGGAACGAAAUACAUUUCCAGAUCAAGCUGUAUGCUGACAUGAAUCCUAUAUGUGAAGGCAGUGUUGCAGUGGUUGGGGAGUUUACUUAACCAUGGAGUAAACUUUUCUUGUUUGCAUUUUGCAAUUUAAUUUAAUCGGCGAUCCUGUGACCUAUUUAUCCGUUGACAAAAUUUUCGUGUACUGACUUCUUUUACAAUUUUUGUGGACUGAUUUUAAUAUACAGCACAACGAUGGGUUCGACAGAAGUAUUUGUAUAGGAAGUUUGCAUGUUCUGGAACUAAAUUUGCAGCAUGGCCAUUAGUUUUAUGAUUUCUUCUGCCGCAUAGUUCACAUGCUGCCCAAUCAUCCCCAUAUUUUCUCAGUGCUACAAAACAAGCUGGAUCUUACAGGUUCGGUUGACCAUUAUUUGUAAUGUGGACUUAACAAAUAAUUUGCUGCUAUUUUUCACUAAA